CUACAGCUGUGUUGUAUGUGCAAGUAGAAAUGUGGUUGAAUCAGAACUUUCUACUUACCCAAGAGGUAUGGAGUAGUGACAGAGACAGUGAGUGGAGUACCUGUCUCAGUUGUCUGCGUGAUGACACCUUACUACAGCUGAACUAUAAGAGUGGCACUUUACAAGUGGCAACUCCUAACAUGGGGCUGGCAGCAGACAUUGUGCAAUCACUUGCUGCCUAUCUCAACUUGGACAAUCUAAAGACAGUUGCAGAGUUCCCAGCAGUAUUUUCAAAGAUCUCCGAUUGCCUCGGUCAGGUAGCAGAUUUACAGCAGAAUGCUACUAAAAUGGCUGCCAAUGUUGCGGACUCGUCCAACAUUAUUCGUAGCUUGAUUGUUCAAGCAGAAGACCUUCGUCUUUUACAGCAAAUGAAGGAUAUGCGAGAAUGUUACAAUGAACUGCAGCAGAUCAAUGAAGAGUUGGUUAACACGUACGCUGUGAGAGUAGCCAACCAUGAGCUACUACUGGAGGCUCUACUUGGGAAACGCAAGUCUGAUGUGAUAACACAUUGUAGGGCAGCUAUGGCCAGCAAUAACAUCAGUGCCCUCAUCAAAGUGAUUAAGACUGGAGAACCCUAA